UUACAUGAUCAGUUUAGAUUAAAGCCGUUCCUUCAUUUAUCAAGACCGUCAUUUACCUGGGUUCAACCCCCGUGUCAGCAUCUGUGGGCUUUUAACGUGAAGGAAAGGAUUAAAUAUAUUUCUUAGGAUCUACCUGUACCAGGAUAUUACUUGUGGAACUGAAAUAUUAUUUGUGUCAUUAAAUCAUUUAUAUACAGAAAUUUAAUCUUUCUUCGCAGGAGUUUUCAUUUUGUAAACAUGUCGUUGUUAAAUCGUGGAACAAUCAGUUCCUGCUCUACCUGGCAUCCUAUCAACAUUGUUUUUUUUAACCAAUGUAUUGUGUUGAUUUCUAUGUUGUCAACCGCAGGUGAGACAAAAGCUAUGACUUCUGGUACACAGAAGCUGGAUUCUACCACACUUCACAAAAACAAUGCCGGUCCAUCAUCCGACAGAGUUCUGCGUGGGUAUUUUAAAAAGUGUUAAAUGAUCCACAAUGAGUUUUCCAAGGACAAGUCAGUCGGACCACACUGGGACUAAGGAUCAACGGGAAGACAUGGCAGCUAACAGUACGAGAGGACAGAAGGUAGCCAUGGUUCCCACGGAACCUAAAACCUCCACCUUUCUAACAGAGACCAGGGAAGAGGCAAUGGAUGAGGAUGAUGGAAGUGAGAAAAGGGGAGACAACUUUUCUGCACACUCUGAAGGUUGUCCUAAACUGGAGCAAGUACAGAAAGAGGAUUUAGGAGAAACAAUGGAACUUGGUGAUCUCAACAAUGUGGAGGUAAGGGAUGAUUCUAUUAGUAUCAAGGAUAAGCCCGGAGGUAUGCAGGAUGUUGGGCCACAUGUGGAACCAACAGGAAGUGAAUCCUCAAAUGUGGCACCAAUAGGAAGUGAUUCCCAACAUGUGGCACUAAUAGGAAGUGACUCCCAACAUGUGGCACCAAUAGGAAGUGACUCCCAACAUGUGGCACCAAUAGGAAGCAAACCCAAACCAAGAAGAAAGAGUGACAAUAAACAAAAGACACCUCGCAAUCAACAAAAGCGGCAUUCACACCAAGGUCAACAGAUGGCGGAGGAUGAUGAUUUAGGGAUAUAUGAGGACGUAACGGAGGGGGUGGAUCUUUUUGACAAUGAGGACUACAUGGAAAUGAUGGGGAACAGAAAUGCACAUCAAUCUAGUACUAUCACCAAGACUCCCGACCUCUACCCUGUGGAUCAUCCUGCCCCACCCCCAACAUCCAUCCUACGUAACUCCUCUGCCGUACAGGAAGGUCCAUAUUACGAUGCUAUGGAUGACCUACAAAACAGUCGUGUUACCUGGAAUGCUAUAGAGCCUCAUUUCAGUGUGUCCAUUGCUAACAUGCCGCGACAUUAUUCUGGUAGGAAGGCUAACACUCCAGCAAGCUGUUACUCUACAGAUUCCAGAAAUGCGUCCCGAGUGACCUCUGAGUCACGCGAGGCUAUGUUCAAGCGAGCCAUGACGUUACUAUCAGCACGUUGUACGAGUACGGGGCCGGGCUCCGCGGAGAUGCCAUUUGGGAAGGGAGAAGCAUUUGGGGUCCAAGUACCUCAAUACUUUUAUGUCAAACAGGAGAAACCAAGACCAAUGCCACCCCUCAAGGCCUGGAACGGUUACAAUGGAAAUGUUUACUUUGAGCCGAUACAGAUCAAUACACUGGCAGAAGGUUCCAUGGGCACUGUGUCUGUCAUGUCGUCCCAAUCUACCAACGACAAACUUCACAGGAUGCUGCUUAACAGGAAACAGAUGAGCUCCGGAAAGUUUGAUCGCAUUGACAGCGCAACCACAAGGAGUGUUUCACGCCAAACAGGGAAGUCGUUGAGUGUGCGAAGUUCUACGCGACAGUCACUCGUCCUGGACAAGAAAACUGUGAUGAAUGGUUACAAUGAAAACAUACAGGAUGACCUUGCCCUUAUAGAGGGUGUUGAGUGCACUGGAAGUCUGGCCGUUCGACCCAAAAGCGACAAAACCAUGGAUAAGGAGAGCCGACGUGCACUCAUGUACAACAAGGAACGGCUCUGUAAGGGGUCCGUUGUACACCGAAUCAACGAAGGUCGCAAUAAGUCACGAAUGGUACUCAAGGUCAAUGGUGGUAAAUUUGUGAGUCCUAAUACAAUUUCUCCGUUACAACGCACUCAGACUCAGUACUCCCUUAGCAACCAGAGGUUGACCACAAAUAGUCCAGACCCCUACCAUCAGCAGUUACCUCCCCUGGAACAGCUGCGUGCUUCCGUGCGACACAUGGACACUGCGGACAAGCAGAAAAAUUCAUCCUCAUAUAGAUAUUCCAAACCAGUGACAAUGACGGAGGAGAUUAAACCCUUUAUAAAGUAUAGCCCGGAUGUAAAAAAAAGUCGGCAGCCUAGUUAUGUGUGAGGGCUGUUGUGGUAAUAUUCGUAUAUUUAUGGACAAGUGCUGUGUAUAGAGAGUAUUUUACCAAAGAUGUGCUUAUGAUGUCACAAGGAUUGACAAGUGUCUCAUGUACAACAUGGUUGCGAUUUCGGAAUUUUUGUUCCUGAUGCAAGUUUUAACGUUUCUCCAUUGAUGACCCAUUGUUGUAACAAGGGGAGACAAUUUAUGAUCAGUGAAAAUAUUGGGUGUUGAUAGUGGAUCCAGAUGUCAGUUCAGCAUCACAUCAAUAUUUGAAUACUAUAUAAAGAUCUGUGACCCACCAACUUUUGGGUAAAUCCCACAGCAGCUGGGGUGUAUCUAUAUAUUGAGCAUAUAUAUAAGGCACAUGUGCACAUUGUGUCAAAGGAUUGAACAUGUGUCUCUAUAAUUAGAUCAAAGGAUUAUACACUUGUCCCAAUCUUGUGUCAGAGGAGUUUUAUUUUUAAAGGAUGUGAACACUAUACUUUGAAUGUGACCAUGUAAUAUUAUACAACUGAUAGCGCUUCAGUAUGUGGGGACAUAAUUUCACAUCAGGGUGUUGCAGUUGUUGGAAAUUAAUUUCUUCAUGUACAACAUGACAUUCAACAUGCAUUAAGUUAGUUGAAUAUUUCACUGGCAUAAAUGUGGAUUUUAAGAGGAAAUUUAGCUACAUGUCGGUAAAAUAAAUUAUAAGGUGGAGUUGGAGUGCAUCCAAAGUUUCUGAGUGGCCAUUAGCUUUGUAUACAGGCUCAUGUAUAUAGAUGGAGCUAGGUCAUUUACAAGUAGGAAUCGUCUUAGUUAUAGUGCCGAAAUUCAUAGUCAACUUUAUCAAAGUACAAACAAACAAGGAGCCAAUUGCAUUACCGGUGGAGGUAUCUAAAAUUAGAACACCAUGUAUGUUGUCAUUGAUUUAAAAAUCAUUGAUCUGGAAUAUCUAAUAUCCAUUUAAUCUGUAGUGGAACUGGCCAUGGACUGGGUCGAUCACCGGUGACCAGGUAGCUCAAUUGGUUUGGAGGGUACCGGUCCUGGGUUUGAACGCCGGUCUGGCGAUUCAUUUUUCGCUCUACUGGUUACAAAUCAUUAUUUCUAAACAUUAUUCACCAGACUCUGGACCAUGUUAUAAAAAUAAUUACAGUAACUUAUAGCUAUCUUUAUUUACUUACUACCGGAUUACAAAGUUACUUCCCUUUACAGUUUGAUAUAUAUUCUGGCAGAGUUGGAUAUGAUCAUAAUGUUUGAACUUGUGUCUAACUGAUGUAUGAUGUCAAAUAUUUCUCAGGGUAUUUAAUGUAACAGACCCUGGGUCUAAGUAUUUAAUGUAACAGACCCUGGGUCUAAGUAUUUAAUGUAACAGACCCUGGGUCUAAGUAUUUAAUGUAACAGACCCUGGUUCUAAAUUAAGAAAAUUACUGAAAAAAUUAGGAAUAUUGGGUUAUCAUAUACUUUAUUAUAAAAUGCCUUUAAAUUAUCACUUAAAAUGUUUCAAAUCUUCAACAAAGGUCCACAAUCUGCAAUGUUGAUUUAGCAAGUACCAGAACGGAUUUGAGAUGGCAUAAUGUUACAGAUUUAAAAAGGAGGAUGAAAAGUUCCUGAUGUUUGAAUAUUACCAGGGGGUACAUAUAAACUUAACCCUUUCACCACUGUAGACAAUAAUGGACUUGUCCAGAUCAAUGCAUGGGAGAGUCUACUGAAUAUGCAUAUGGGUGAAAGGGUUAAGUACGUACAUGUAAGUGAAAAUAAGACGUAAGCCUGUAGAUGUUUUAUGAGGGGAGAUAAUCCCAUUACUUUCUGUUCUGUGCUACUACACUUAAAGUGCAUUGCUUGCUUCAAAUUUUGAAGUCUGUUACGUAUACUCAACAGUUAUCAAUGUGCACUGUUUACUCUGUACUUGAGUUUGAAAAUUGUCAGCCCUUAAAUUGGAUUGUUAUAACUGGCAUGGAUUUUUCAUAGUAUGAACACGUCAAUUUUGAAAUUAGAACAUUUUUUAAAAACAAGUUUUUUUAAGAAAUCUCUAGAUACCAUGACAGUUAGAUCCUACUUCCAAGUUUCGUACGUUGAUUGUAGUCGGUACAAUUACAAGGCUGUAUGAGUUAUCUCCCUUGUGGGAUCAGCCACAUAACAUCUUUUUUUUCCAUGCGUUGAGAAUAAAGGUAUAUUAUUGUGUAGUGGACAGGAGAUGGAAUAUCAUUUAAAAGUUUUAUUAAAUCCUUUGCACUCUAAAAUUUGAUGAUUGUAUGCCAAAUUUGGGUCAGUAAUGGAAGUAGGACUGGCUGGCAUACUGUCUUCUUAUCUACAAAGACCAACACAGAAUUCUAAUUAAAUCAGAGCACAAGGAAUUAUCUGAUAAUUUAAUUAGCACAUACAGUUUUUUUACCAAGUGAAGUCAUAUAGCUUAGAUCUAACAUUUAAUUACCUGCUAGAUAUGAAAGGUUUGUCACCAAUACGAAUUCAAAAUAUUAUGCAAGAUUUAAUAUAUGUGUUAAACUUUUAGCUCUUGGUCGAGUGGAAAUGUUUACACCUUGAUUCUUGAAGUAAGCUAAGAGUUACAGUACAUAACUGAAAUGAUCGCAUUAGAAAUGGAGCUGCUUUAUUUGAAUACUGUAUACUGGUCAAGAAAUGUUCGCCCAGUCAUACUUUAGCCCCUUCCCUGUGAAAUCCAAAUUCGCCUUUCACAUUUAAUUACUACGUCAAUUAUGUUGUUGACUAGGUAAUGUGUGCUGCAGUGAUAUAUUUGCCUACAUUCCAGAGGGUGAAAUAGGCAAAAAUUGAACUGCAAUGAACAUUUCCCAAUAUACAGUAUGUCAAUAUGUUUGAGCAUGCAUAAGAAGUGGAAAGUUGUGUACUGCAAUGUAUUAUCGGUGCACAUUAGAAAAUUGUUUUCUCCAUUACAAUUGUUUUGUUAAAAUUAUUUUCGCCCUUACAAUUGUUUUGUUAAAAUUAUUUUCGCCCUUACAAUUGUUUUGCUAAAAUUAUUUUCUCCAUUACAAUUGUUUUGUUAAAAUUAUUUUCUCCAUUACAAUUG